AUCGUGGAUAAAUCGCAGGAUCUGAAUUUGGCCGACCAGGAGAUCGACGACACGCUGAGGCGCUACACCAAUUUGCUGCUGACGCGGACGCUCAGCGGAUGCCUUUCGACGCUGAUCCGCAAGCCGUCGCUGUCGCUCCUCCAACUCAUUCAGAUCUCGAUCAACACCAAUUACCUGGAGGAGUCCAACGGCUGGCUGGAGGAGUUUAUCGCCCAGCUGACGGGGGCCUCGCGUGAGUUGUCGCACAUUGCCCGGCUGCAAGGGCGGGCCGUCUUCCGCGACGUGAGGGACGACGCCGAGCAGCAGAUCUACGAGGCCCUCAAGCGCAAAAUGGACGAGUUUAUGGAGUUGGCCAACUACGACUGGCAGCUCAAUGAGCCAUCGGGUCAAGCCUCUUCUUUCCUUUUGGACUUGAUCGCCUUCCUGCAGAGCACCUUCCAGGCCUUUACCAAUCUCAAGGAACACGUUGCAAACGCCUGUCUGACGGCCUGCCGUCACAUCGCUGAAAUUCUGAUGGAUCUUCUACUCAGCGACGAUGUCAAAUCAAUUUCCAUGGGAGCCCUUCAGCAAGUGAACCUUGACGUCAUUCAAUGCGAGCAAUUUGCGGCUUCCGAACCGGUCCCGGGGUUCGAGGACGGGACCUUGUUGUCUUCAUUUUUGGACCUGCGCCAGCUGCUGGAUUUGUUGCUGUCCUGGGACUGGUCAGCUUACUUUCACGAUUAUGGUCAGGAUACCAGCAAAUACUUGCGUGUUUCGCCCCAGCGAGCCAUUACCGUUUUGGAAAAAUUGCGUGAGGCUGACAAGCGAACGGUGUUUUCCGUCCUGAAAAAGAGCGAGCGAGACAAGAAGAAGCUGAUGGAAACGGUGUUGCGUCAGUUGAGGCAGCUGCUCCAAUCUUCGGCCUAAUCCUGCCAGUCGUCCCAUUAUUACCUUCCAUCGUUCCAUGUUAUCCCAUUCAUUUUUUUCUCUUUUUCAACCGUUGUACAUGUGUGAAUCCGGUGCCUUGUAAUCGAAUUUUGGCUAUUUAGAUCGGCUCAUGUCGUCUGUGUUUUCCGUCUAUCCCUGGAUUUAAAAAAAGAUUCAGCUGAUUGUUGCUAUAGAUUCUCUCCACCUCCAUCGCUUAUUUCUUCCACCUUAAUUAUUCAUGUUUAUUCAUUCCCCACACCACAGGGUUGUCUUCUAGGAAUAAUGAACCCCGCUGGACAUCGAAUCUGGCUAGUUUAUAACAUUUCCUUUCUUUUUUCAAAGGAAACCAAAACGGCUUAUUUUUGUUGUGAUUCAUAUAGCAACUUCCUUGCAUCUACUUAUACCCCCUCCUCUGCGCCUUCGUUUUUUUUUUCGAUGUUUACCAUCGUCUAUUUUUGUUGCACAUUGUCAAAGUGUACAAACACAAACUGCAUGAAAAAUAAAGGAAAAUACAAAACCCUUUAAA